AUGCAGGACCAAGAACGCGAAGAGCUGACUGAGAAGUCAAAUUCUCUGAGGAUAGAUCUGAAAGUAUGGGAAAAGAACUUCGCAGCGGCAAACAAUGGUCAGAAGGCUUCACGCGACGACAUCAAGAAGCAUCCUGAUAUUGCUGCAAAAUACAAAGAGUACAACAAAUCUCGAGAUAUCCUUUCCGGGAAACUCCACGUACCCCCAAAAGAAAGCAAACGUCAGACGCCCCAAAAACGGAAGCGUCAAGGAGGGCAUGCAGAAGGGACGAAACGACGUCAAGUAAUCGAGACACCUUCGAGAGGCGCUGCUCAGCCAUGGGAGUUAGAUCCUUACGACUCCCCAUCUGUUGUUCGAAACCUAUUUACACCCUCGAAGAAGACUGUCAUUGGACCUACACCACAAAAGGAUGGCCAAGUCCUGGGAUUAUUCGACCUUCUCCAAGAAGACGGCACUCCCUCAAAAGCAAAAGCAGAUAAUGCCACGCUUCAAGGACCUAUACAAGCCACGCCUCGCAAAUCUAGGCCGGACGACGUUCUCAAACUCACCCGCACCCCCUCAUCAACAACUCGCUCCAUUCUCCACCCCUUCGCCACUCCUCUCAAGAACCGCACUCUCAACAGCCAAGGCGGCCACACCCCUUCCUCAACAUCCAAACUCCACUUUUCCACCCCCUCCUUCCUACGCCGCGACACCCACAGGAACGCUCUCCCGCCCAUAAACGAAGAUGCAGACCUAUCCCCCCAAAUGGCCCGCGUCCCACGAAAACCCCUCGUCCGCGGUCUAAGCAGCAUGCUCGCCGGACUCCGCAAGAUGGAAGAAGAAGCCGCGGACGAGGAUCUAGACGCUUUGCAUGAAAUGGAGAACGAAACCCCAGGACCAGGAACUGGAAGUGGAAGGGGAAGUGGAAAUAGCAGCAAACCGCCUACCAAACCAGCAGCACCAGCAGCAGAAUUUCCAAAAGAUAUAGUAGUAGAAGACAGCCAACCGCGCCUCCCACUAGGCGGCUUCGACGACGAAGCAAUGUUCGACAGCUCCGGCUCGGAAGGCCACGACCGAGACGGCCAACCAUUAAAAGUCUACAAGAAAAAAGGGCAGAAACGCACUACACGCCGCGUGAAAAUGAAGCCCGUACGCUCUAAACCCUCCACCUCCCUCCAACCACCCGCACCCAUCGACGAAGACAGCGAGGACGAGCUGACCCAAGACGCUGUGCCCGAGACGCAGGCAGAGGCAGCGGAUGCGUCUCAGGCGGUGGAGGGGCUGGGGGAGGAAGGAGGAGAUUUUGCAGAGGCGCGGAAUUUCGAUUCGGAUUCUCAGAGCGAGUAUACGGCUUCUGAGGGCGGGACCAGGUAUAAGAGGCCGGAUCAGCAGAAGAGGAAGGUUAUGGGGAGGGAUGGGAAGAUUAGGAGAGGGGCGAGUAAAGUUACUGCGUUGGCGAACCAGAAUUUUAAGAGGUUGAAGUUGAGGAACGCGGGGGCGAAGGGGGGUCCAGGGAUUGGGAGUCGGUUUAGGAGAAGGAAAUAA